ACGAGUUCUCUUCUCUUUAAUUUUCUAUCUGCUUCUCCCACUAGACCAACUCAAUUCUCUUCUCUCUCUCUUUUUUAGUCACACCCACUCUUCUCAGUUACUAAUCAAACUCGUUCGUUAAUUACAUCGCUUAGUGAAUUAAUUAAACUAAUCAGUUUCUAUGGCUGUGGACUCUGCGAUUUCCUCCCCAUUGGGUCCCCCAGCGUGCGAGAAAGACGCCAAGGCGCUGCGUUUCAUCGAGGAAAUGACCCGAAACGCCGACGCCGUGCAAGAGAGGGUGCUGGCGGAGAUUCUCUCCCGCAACGCCCAAACAGAGUACCUUAAACGCUACGAACUCGGCGGCGCCGCCGACCGUCAAACCUUCAAGUCCAAGAUUCCUGUCAUCACCUACGAGGAUGUCCAGCCUGAGAUUCAGCGCAUCGCCAAUGGGGACCGCUCUAACAUUUUGUCUGCUCACCCCAUUUCUGAAUUUCUAACAAGUUCUGGGACUUCAGCUGGUGAAAGAAAACUGAUGCCAACAAUUAAGGAAGAGCUGGAUCGUCGCCAACUUCUAUACAGCCUCCUCAUGCCAGUUAUGAAUCUUUAUGUGCCGGGUUUGGACAAGGGAAAGGGCCUAUACUUUUUGUUCGUGAAGUCCGAAACAAGGACCCCGGGUGGGUUACUGGCCCGUCCGGUUCUCACAAGUUAUUACAAAAGUGACCACUUCAAGACCCGACCCUACGACCCGUACAACGUUUACACUAGUCCAAAUGAAGCAAUUCUCUGCCCCGACUCAUUCCAAAGCAUGUACUCUCAAAUGCUCUGUGGCCUCAUAGAGCGCCACCAGGUCCUCCGCCUCGGCGCCGUCUUCGCCUCCGGCCUCCUCCGCGCAAUCCGCUUCCUCCAACUCAAUUGGCCCGAACUCACCGAGGAUAUCCGAUCCGGGACCCUGAAUUCCCGGAUCACCGACCCGGCCAUAAGGGAAUACAUGUCCAAGGUCCUCAAACCCGACCCGGAACUGGCCCAAUUCAUGGCCCAACAAUGCUCCGAGGACAAUUGGGAGGGAAUCAUCACAAGAAUCUGGCCCAACACAAAAUACUUGGACGUCAUCGUAACGGGUGCCAUGGCCCAAUACAUUCCCACACUUAACUACUACAGCGGAGGAUUACCCCUUGCAUGCACCAUGUACGCUUCCUCGGAGUGCUACUUCGGACUCAACCUUAAUCCCAUGAGCAAGCCCUCCGAGGUUUCCUACACCAUCAUGCCAAACAUGGCGUAUUUUGAAUUCCUUCCCCACGAGUCAGGAUCCGGGUCCACCAAGUUGGUGGACCUGGCUGACGUGGAAGUGGGGAAGGAAUACGAAUUGGUGAUCACUACCUACGCGGGACUCUAUCGGUACCGCGUGGGUGACAUCCUCCGGGUCACUGGGUUCCACAACUCGGCGCCGCAGUUCCACUUCGUGCGGCGGAAGAACGUGUUGCUGAGCAUUGACUCGGACAAAACGGACGAGUCGGAGCUGCAAAAGGCGAUUGAGAACGCGUCAAAGCUCUUGGCGGAGUUCAACACGAGCGUGGUGGAGUACACGAGCUAUGCAGACACAACAACGAUUCCGGGUCACUACGUGAUUUACUGGGAGUUGUUGACCAAGGACUUGGCGAACUCGCCGAGUCACGAGGUGUUGACUCGGUGUUGCUUGGAGAUGGAGGAAUCGUUGAACUCGGUGUAUAGGCAGUGUCGUGUGGCGGAUCAUUCAAUUGGGCCUUUGGAAAUACGCGUUGUGAAGAGUGGCACAUUUGAAGAGCUUAUGGAUUAUGCGAUCUCAAGAGGGGCUUCCAUAAAUCAAUAUAAGGUGCCAAGGUGUGUGAAUUUCACACCCAUAAUGGAGCUAUUGGACUCAAGGGUUGUGUCUGUCCAUUUUAGCAAAGACUUGCCACAUUGGACCCCCGAAAGGAGGAGGUGAGGUUCUUGCUAUGUGGGCUUAAUGGGCUUGAGUCAAACAUGUAGAUGUAGAUUUUGUUGUUGUUUUUUUUUUUUUUUUUUGGGGUUAAUGUGUAGGACUCUUGACGAGUCUAAAGGGAGAUGUUGAAUUAGGAUGUCUCUUGGUUAGGUUAAUUAUGUGUUUCGGUUGGAUUAACUCGUGCAAAAGAUGUGACUUUCUUUAGUGAAGUUAUAUGUUGUAUGUAUUGGCAUUUUUCAUGUAGAAGUGAAGAAAUUUAAUAGAGGAAAAGACAUUAUUAUAUUUUGGCAAGUAAAA